GCGGGCCAGUCCGGCGGUGUCUCGUGACAGCAGGCUGCUGGUGUUCGACCUGCCCAGCGACGUGCCCACCCUGGGCGCGCCCCUGCCCUCCUGCCUGAAGGUGAGGCAGCAGCUUGCGUACGAGGGCCGCGAGCCCAUCACGCUCGACAAGAGCUACUCUCCCAUAUCCCUCCCCGACGCCAGAGGCCACUUCCAGCUCCUUGUCAAGGGCUACCCGCCGCAGCCGCAGCGCAAGGACCCCGGCGGCCCUGGCAGCUUCCUGGUGGGCCUGCGGCCAGGCCAGCGCGCUGAGAUGCUGGUGAAGAGCCCGCGGCUUUUCCACGGGGCCCCCUACCGCCCGAACCGUUGGGCAGACCUCGGGAUGGUGGCAGGGGGGACUGGCAUCGCCCCGAUGCUGCAGAUGGCGCGAGCCAUUCUUGCAGACCCCGCCGAGCGCACGCGGCUGUGGAUCGUCUUCGCGAAUCGCCAGGAGGAGGACAUCCUCAUGCGCAGCGAGAUGGACCUGUUGGCGCGCAGGCACGCAGGCCGACUUCGCAUUCGGUACGUGCUCUCGCAGCCCCCACCUGUGUGGGCUGGCGGGCGCGGCUGGGUGGGCAUGCAGGAUCUCGGGCCUCCUCACCUGCCAGAGCCCGCGGGUGGUACAAUGAUCAUGGUAUGCGGAAGAGACGAGUUUCUGGACACUGUCUGUGGUCGUACUGUGCGGGCUCCGCCGGUACCAGGAGAGAAGAAAGGGCCGAAGGUUCAGGGUAGUUUGGCUGGCCUCCUGGCAGCUUCGGGCUACGAAGCGCAGCACGUUUACAAGUUCUGACCGCAGUCUUUGCGCCCACGCUUGGGGCAUCUCCUGCACGACGAGGAGGAGCAGCAGGAGGACAGUCAGUCUCAGGCCGAACGUGCUCAUUUACGAGAUUACGUUUCCUUGAUCUUCCUGCGAGCGCGAUUCGAAGAGUAGUGAAAAUCGGUCGUUGGCAGUCGUGGAGCUGAGAGCACCCGCUGUCCUUCAUCAUACACAAGCUGCCUGGACGUAGUUGUGCACGGUGUCGUUGCUCUUGCCACGACACGUUCGCUGCUCAUCGCCAUCGCACCGCUGAUGUGUACGGCGUUGUAGGGCAUCCUCUCUCUCUCUCUCUCUCUCUCUCUCUCUCUCUCUAUACAUACAUACAUACACAGAAACGAGGACUGUGCCUCAAGUUUUCAGCUACUAGCCUUUGGUCGCCUUGUGCCACGCCAGAGGAAUGUGAUGCCUCAGCGCCCUGAGCGCGGGUCAAACGCAGAACAAUAUAAUUUGUACCCAUUGCACACCGCCGUUGCCCUGUCUUUGGUGCCUGGCUCCCCACCGCCACCGCCUGCAAGGAUGAGCUUCGUUGAAUGAACUACGGAGAUGAGCAGAAGGAGGCGCAUGAGGAGGUAGAUGACCAGAAUAAGCCCAGGAUGGGCCCACAAUGCCGCGACGUGCCCUCCCGUCUCAGGUCCCCCUCCUCCUCCUCCUCCUCCUCCUCCUCCUCCUGCUCCUCCUCCUCCUCC